AUUUUCAUUAACUGUCAUAUAUAUAUAUUAGCAACCCUCCUCUGCAAGUAAACCCCAGUUCUCUCCAAUCUCACUUUCAAAGAAAGCACUCUGCAAUCUCUCUCUCUCUGUGGAUCUUUCAAUUCUCUUCCAAUCUCGGAAACAUGGUGCUCGAGGCGACGAUGAUCUGCAUCGACAACUCCGAGUGGAUGCGGAACGGGGAUUACGCGCCGUCGAGAUUUCAAGCUCAAUCUGACGCUGUCAAUCUGAUUUGCGGAGCUAAAACACAGUCUAAUCCGGAGAAUACAGUGGGAGUUCUCACAAUGGCAGGAAAAGGUGUUCGUGUUUUGGUCACUCCAACCAGUGAUCUUGGCAAGAUUCUGGCUUGCAUGCACGGUCUAGAAAUCGGGGGUGAGAUGAACCUGGCUGCUGGCAUCCAGGUGGCGCAGUUGGCCCUUAAGCAUCGCCAAAAUAAAAAACAGCAACAAAGGAUUAUUGUCUUUGCUGGAAGUCCCAUCAAACAUGAAAAAAAGUUAUUGGAGAUGAUUGGAAAGAAGUUAAAAAAGAACAGUGUAGCACUUGAUAUUGUUAAUUUUGGUGAAGAAGAUGAGGGGAAGACAGAGAAGCUGGAAGCGCUUCUUGCUGCUGUGAACAAUAAUGACACUAGCCACAUUGUUCAUGUUCCAUCCGGUCCCAGUGCACUUUCUGAUGUACUUAUAAGUACACCCAUCUUCACUGGGGAUGGGGAAGGUGGAAGUGGUUUCGCAGCAGCAGCAGCUGCAGCCGCAGCUGGUGGUCUCUCUGGUUUUGAGUUUGGUGUUGAUCCCAACCUGGACCCUGAACUGGCCCUUGCUUUGAGAGUUUCGAUGGAAGAAGAGAGGGCGAGACAAGAAGCGGCUGCUAAAAAGGCUGCAGAGGAAGCUGCUAAACAGGAAAAAGGAGAGGGGGAGCCAUCUGGCACACAGGAAGCAACAAUGACUGAGCGUGCUAAUGGUGCAACUCCUGAAGCUGAUAAUAAGACAAGUGAUUUAACGGAUGAUGAGAAUGCUCUGCUACAGCAGGCCCUUGCAAUGUCGAUGGAUGACCCUGCUCCUAGCCAUGAAUUGCGAGACGCGGAUAUGUCAGAUGCAACUACAGAUGAUCCAGAGUUGGCACUAGCUCUUCAAUUGUCUGUACAGGACAGUACAAAGGACUCGUCAAGCCAGUCAGAUAUGAGCAAGUUGUUGGCUGACCAGUCUUUUGUGUCUUCCAUCCUUGCAUCGCUUCCAGGGGUUGAUCCAAAUGACCAAUCGGUUAAAGAUUUGCUUGCUUCAAUGCAAAGCCAGACUGAGCCCCAGCAGAAGGAUGAUGACAAGGAACCAAAGGAGGAAGAGGAGAAACAAUGAUUCUCUGGAAUUGAUUUUCCAUGUGAGGUCAAAAGCUCUCUGCUGUUGCGCCGUAAGUGAUCAUCAUAAUGGUGCAUAUUGAUGGUUGUAAGUCUUGAGAGGGCUUUAGAAUGUGCAACAUUGAAAUGCAUUUCUGCAAUGUUUCAAUAUUUAUAUUUUGUUGCUUCAAAUUGAGCCCGUCUGUUAUUAGUUUAUUCUUGGUGAUUUUGCACCUAGUUAGUCAUGGAAUUUGAAAACAGGCCUGACAUCGUUUUUCUA